AUGAAGUCUACUGCUAAAUCAGAUUAUGACAGAAAAUUCCAAGAAGAUCUUGAAAAAGCACAAGCUUUGAGCUUGGAAACAUUAGCUCUGGAAGAGUUUCGUAACCGAAAGUUACAAUCUGAAUCAUCAACUUGUACUGGAAAUACUGUAGUAUUGCCAUCAUCAUUACCAUCACGCUCAAUGUCUCUUACAGGUUUAUACAUUAGCUAUAAUAAACAUUAAGAUUAUUGCUUUAUACAAUUAUUAUAAACAGUAGGUACUUAAAAACCAAAAAAAAAAAUAUGGCAUUUAAAAAAAUUGUAUAUAUAUAUAUAAUGAAAUACAGAAAUAAUAAUUUAAUUACAUAAUAAAAUAUAAUUUUUAAUUUUACAUUGGUAACUGUUUAGUUAUUGAGUUAUAAUUAGCAUAAUUUAUAGUUAUUAUUGUAUAGUUUAGAGUUAUUUUUUUUCUUACCUUGCUCAAUGAUUAAAAAUAUAUGGGUAUAUUUAAGCAAAUUACAAAGAAGUUAUUUUUAGACAUUUAAAUUUUGCGAAUUUUUUCAUAAUUUUUAUUUGGUAGGUAGAUAAAAUUGUUAGACCUAACAAAAAUGCUUGAAAAUUUAACAAAAUGUUCAUUAUAAUGUGUAUUUUGUGAUAAAAAAAAAAAAAAAAAACAAUUAACUGUAAUGUAGAAUUUUUUUUAUAAUAUUUUAGCAUCAAAUUUUGACAAAAAUCGUAAACAUUACAGUAUUUCAUAACAUGAAUAACUAAACAUCGCUCAGAAUCGUUUUUGUUAGCAAAGAUUAAUCAUUUCAUACAGGUAUACUUUAAAUUUCCCUCUAUAUCCUACCUUAAAUUCUCACCUACAAUAGUGGUUCAUGCAACGUGUGAAGUAUGUCAGUCUUUUUAAAAUGAUGUGUACAUUUAUUGUUCAUAUAUCUAGUUAUAAUUUAAAAUAUUUACUAACAUUAUUCUCAUUUGGUAUUAACCAUUAAAUUUUAAUUUAUAAUUAUUAUUUAAUUCUAGAAAAAACUGUCUAUUGUAAUGACUUAUCUAGAUCGCGGCCUAGGCCUGGGUCGUUUAACACAGGUAUUAUUUACUAAGGUUUUAUUGUUUUAUAUUUAUACAAGUUUUAAUGGUCUAAAUAAGUGUAAUCUUUUGUAUUUAUGAAUUCUCUAGGAGAACCUUUAUUACCACGUAUAAAACCUCCACCACGGCGUAAUACUACAGUCAUUCCAAAAAGUUGUACUAACAAUUCAAUUAAAGAUUUAUUUAGCCUGGAUUCACCACCAAUUGAUGAUCUCGUGAAUAAUUUGGAACCAUUUAAUUUAGAUGGGUAAAAUCAAUAUAUUACAUUUAUCUAGUGUAUCUAUGUUUAAUUUUUUAAUAUGAUGAAAAUUGUAUGAAUAUUUUUAAGUUCAGUUUGAGAUACCAUAAAAUAUCUGCAUCUCGCUAUUCUAUGCUAUUAAAAAUUAAUUUCUGAUUGAGUACUGUUGUUUCUGAGCAUCCUUUUUUAUACCUAAUUUUUCAGACUUCCUAUAUAAAUUAAAUAUUUCCAUACACUUUAAUGUUGAUUCAUUCUAUUUUUUCUCUCUGUGUAAUCCUUUGUGUUCAGACAAUAAAAAAUAUGAUGAAUUAUUGGACAGAUAUUUGAGAAUAGCUUGAGGUGUGAUAAUGUGGAUAAAUCUUGCUGCUACUAAUGUAAUAAAUACAUUCUGAUUUAGUAUAUAAUAAAGCAAUAAUUAUAACCCAUAGUGAGUAUCAUAGAAAUAUAUUUUGCUGACUAACAAUUUUGUAUUGACAGGAAUAAAAAGCCUUUUACAAGUGAUAGUAACUCAACAUUCCAGAAUUCGAGUGUUAAUACAAAUAUAUCAAAUAUUAGUUUAAAUAAAAGUCAAUAUAGUGGGCCACACGAUCUUAAACAAAACUUGGAUGUGUUAUACCAAGGUUGUUUUUCUCCAAACAAUUUAACUGGAUAUUCACCUACUGGUUACCAAAUGACAGUUCCUCCUCAAACCUUUUGGCAAGGGCAUACCGAUAGUAGCUGGUCUACAAGUAAUGCUGUUCAAACUCAACCGUUAACAAGCAGUAUAACUAAUACACCAACACAGCCUUCUCUAGUUGGAAUGAAAUCUGAUAUUUUUGCUCCAAGUCUCAUAAAAAAACAAAAUAACAAUAAUCUCAUUGAUUUAAAUUUUUUCGAUACUAUUGAAAGUCCCAAGGAAAAUUGUUUAAAUGUUAGGACUAGUGUUCUAGAAGCAUUUGAUCCACUUCUUCAUGGUUAUUCAAACACAAGUACUUCUACUAUAGUGGAUCAAGGUAUAUUUUUUCUAAUAAAUAAUAAUUAUUAAAACUAAUUAAAAACAAUAGUUGUUUCUAACUUUUUAGUGGAUAAAAAUGAGUCAUUGUAUGCCACAUAUGAUCCGUUUGAUUAUAUGUAUUCACCAUCAGUUUCGUCUCAAUCCUCGGAUCCAAUUUAUGCCGCUGUCAUAAAAACACCCAUCAAUUCGCCUCCACCAUUACCGCCUAGAAGUUCUUUAACUCCGAAAGAAUCAAAAGUAAACAUAUUAAUAAAUAUUUAUUUGAAGUAAACAAUAUUCAUAUUUUAUUUUAUUUAUAAGUUAAAAUAUAUUUUAGGUAUGUAAAAGUAUAACUUAUGAAAACAUUGGUUUAGUUAAACGAUCUUCAGUAUUUUAUGAUCCUGAUAUGGUAGCAUUUCAUAAGAUGGUCAAGGAAGUCAGAAGUAUGUAAAAUUGUAAAUCUUAUUACCACUAAUCAAUAAUUAUUUAGAAUUAUAGUAUGCAAGUAUUAAGUAAUUAUUUUAAAUUUAAGGAAAAUUUCUAUAUACUGAUUCAAGUACCAAUAAUGGGAUUGUUGUUUGUUCAAAAUUUGAAAACAAUCUUCAUCAAAACACCAGUACUAAAUUUAUAGUUCAUUGUGAAACAAUUCGGAAAACACCAAUUAUAUUUACUUGUGAUGGUAUGCUCAUUUUUAUUGUAUUUUCAUUUUUGAUGAGUAAUUGUUACUUAUAUCUUUUUAGUUGGAAGUAGUGUUGAGCAUGUCAUAUCACAUGUAAUUUGUGAAUUAGAUUUAGAGGAUGCGCAUCCAAGUGAUUAUUUUCUCAAAGUAAAAAAUUAUUCUGAAUUUAUGCUACCAAUGAAUACUCCGGUCAUCAAUUUUGAAUGUGUUCAUGAAUGUAUCAAACUUGAUGUAGAUGUUGAACUCUCUCUUCUUCAUAAAGACAAUGUUGUGCACAUUUAUGCUAGAAAGGUAAAACAAAUUUUGCUAAUAAGUAAUAAGAUUUACUUCUUAAAAAAAAGUAAAAUUUUCAUCUUUUUGUCUUCUUUUGAUAUUUCACUCCUUUAUUUCUUAGAAGAUAGAAUGAAAUACAUAUAUGUAAAUACAAUAAUUAUUUUAUUUUAUUUUAAAUGUUAUAGAGUGUUUAUUUCUAUAAUAAAUUUUAUUUUUUCAAUUUUCAGCAUACAUUUCUAUACUUAACAUUUUUUUGUUUAAUAAGCAUUUUGUAUUAUUUAAGUAUUAAUAAACUACAGUGUAUUUAUUUAUUACUUUAAGGCUCAAGAUGAUAUUCAUGAUAACGAAUUGGAGUUAAAUAAUUUAUGUCCUAAUGAACCGUCCCAACCAAUAACACAUGAUACUUUAAAAAUUCUUCUAGGUAAAAAUUGUUACUUUGAAAUAUACUUAUAUACUUUUGUAUAUUAUGAUAUUGAAAUUUGUUUUAGAUACUCUUGAUGGAGAAAUGCUAAAAAUUCAAGACCAUACUGUUUCAUUGUUUAAAAAGCGAACCAAUACGCCCUUACAACCUAAUGGUGUACAACAAGCAGUAAAAGCUUUAACAUCUUUUUUAGGCAAUAUUGAACCAUUGGAUUUAACUUUAUCAAUAAAUAAUUUUAUUUUGUCGUGUAAUGAAAUUUCAAAUGUCAUUCAGGUAAUAUGAAAUCAAAAAACUUAUCUUACAUAACCUUUUUAACUUCUAUAAAUGGAUCACCUGGUACUUUUAAAUUUCAUGUAUUGAUUGGUUUAAUUGUGUUUUAUUCAAGGAUAAUUCACGAACUGAAGUGAUAUCAGACGACGGUUCUGAUUAUUCUGUUGUGAGACUAAAGUUUAAUGAGACUGAAAAAUUAGAUCAUAUCACGGAUGUAUGUUUAAAAAUAAAAGAAAAUGUUCAGACAUUAAUUGAAAAUUAUUGUAAAGCCUUUAAAGUUGAUUUUCAGAUAAAUUUUAAUUCUACAAAUUUAACAGGUAUAACAAAAACCUUAAUUGAUAUAAUGAUAUUGAUAUUAAUUUAAUGUAAUCAUAAUAUUUAUAUUUUGCAGAAUCUAAAUUAUCUUCAAAAGUUUUAGAUAAUGUCGUAAUUUACAUUAGCUGUUUGCACCGAUUAUUUUCUUCAUGGAGUCAUGAUGAAUAUUUAAUAGCUGCACAAAUUUAUCAUGGUACUAGACCAAUUGGAAAUACAGUACUUUCAAAAGCUGUAUUUGCAGAACAAUCUAUUUAUAAAAGAGUAGUUUUCGAGUCAUGGUAUAUUUUAUUAUGACAAAGAAUAUAUAUAUAUGUGUUAUUUUAUUCUUUAUUAAAUUAAUUGUUAAUAUUAUUGUACUAGGUUGGAGUUUGAAAAUAUGAGCUUGUGUUUGUUACCCAGAGAGAGUCGUUUGGUUUUAGUUGUUUAUGGAAGAACAUAUGAUACUGAGAGUCAAGAUACAUCUACCACAGUUUCUCAAACAGAACUUGGGUGGGCUUCCAUACAAUUUUUCAAUGUUGAUGGGUUUGUUCACAAAAUUAUAAUUUACGUUCAAAUAUGUAAUUGUUUAUUGUAUUUUAGAGAAUUUUCUCAAGGGAAACAAUUGUUAUCACUUUGGCCUCUGUGUGCUGACAAACGCCUCGGUCCAGCUCCACCACCGGGUACUCAUCCUUAUAGUCAUUCACAUCCUGUUCUUAGUAUGUGCAAUUAUUUAAACAAUUAUAAUUUUUCUUUUUGAGAGUUCCAUGACAAUGUUAAGUGUCUAUUUUUAGGUAUUGAAAUUCAAGAAUUUGACUGUAACAUUAUUUUCCCCCCUACAUUUGAAAAUGAACAUGCUAUAAAAAGUGAUAGUUUUGAUUUUACAAGUUUGGACUUGAAUACACAAGAACAGUUAUUAGAUAUAAUUUGCCAAGAUACUUUUACUAGGUAACACAUUGCAAAACUUAUCAAAAAUAAUUUUAAUAAUACCUGUCUAUUAUUGAAUUAUCUGUAGACCAUUGUCCGAGGACAGAGAGGUUUUAUGGGAAAAAAGGUAUUAUCUAUUAUCAAAGCCCAAAGCUUUACCUAAGGUGUUAUUGGCUGCUCACAGUUGGGACUAUGCAUGUUUGGCUGAUCUGCAUUCAAUGCUUAAUUCGUGGUCUCCCAUAGAGCCAUUAGAUGCACUUCAAUUGUUUUUACCAUGGUAUUUAAAUAUAAAUCAGGGCGUAUAGUGAUUCAGUGGACUAAACUAUUUUAAAUUAUAUUUUAUAGCUUUCCUGAUAACGAAGUGCGUCGUUUAGCUGUCAAGAGAAUACGUUUUCUGAGUAAUGAUCAACUCAUUGACUUUCUUCCUCAACUAGUUCAGGCUAUAAAGCAUGAGACUUAUGAUAAUUCUCCAUUAACUGAGUUUUUGUUGGAAAAAGCUUUGUCAUCUCCUACUAUUGCUCACAAUCUUUAUUGGUUUCUCAUCCAACCACUUCCAGGACAAUCGCCUCAGGUUUGUAUUUCUAAAGAAUAUUUAUGUUAAAUAACAAAUCCAUUUAUUUUCUUUAAAUUUUAUUAAUGAUUCAAUUAAAAGUUAUAUUUUAAAAUUAAUAUAUACUUUUAAUUUUAUUAACUUAGAAUUCCUGUGACGUCCAUAGUCCCGAUGAUAAAACAGUGAGCGAAGCACGUUAUUAUAGAAGAUUGCAGCUUUUAUUAAGGGCAUUAAUUGCAACAUGCGGUGAAGCACUUAGAAAAUGUUUUUUAUCUCAACAGCUUUUAAUGAAAGUAUGAAAUACAAUUUAAUACCAUAUUAUGUAGCAUUAUGAUUAUUCAUAAUAUUUUUAUGAUUUUUUACAGGAAUUAUAUGAUACUGCAGAAAAUGUAAAAGCGAGUAAAGAAUCACAUAGAAUGAAAGUACUUUUACAAAACCUAAGUAAUAUUGAUCAAAGUCUGAAAGAUAUGCCUACAUGUCUACCACUUAGUCCGAGUAUGCAAGUUUGUGGUAUACAAACACAAUCUUGUUAUUAUUUUCCAUCCAAUACGUUGCCCUUAAAAAUCAAUUUUAAUUGCUUGGAAUCAAAUGUCUCAAUUCCGGCUAUUUUUAAGGUAAGAAUGUAUAAUGUAUCAUAUAUAUUAUAUAUAUUAUACUAUUAGUGUUAUAUUAAGUAUAUAAUAAGUAUUUGCAUGGUUUUUUAAUUUCCUUAGGUUGGUGAUGAUUUGCAGCAAGAUAUGUUAACAAUCCAAAUUAUAAGGCUAAUGGACAAAUUAUGGUUAAAAGAAGGAUUGGAUUUAAAAAUGGUAACAUUUGCUUGUAUUCCAACUGGUGAAAAAAGAGGUAUGGCUACUUAGUUUGUUAUUUGAAGAUUGACUGUAUUAUACUUAUUCUUGAAAAAUUAUAGGUAUAAUUGAAAUGGUUACAAAUGCAGAAACUUUAAGAAAAAUUCAAAUAGAAUUGGGUUUAACUGGGUCAUUUAAAGAUAGACCAAUAGCAGAAUGGUUAGCAAAACAUAAUCCUUCUGCACUGGAAUAUGAAAGAGCAGUUUCCAAUUUUACUGGUAAAACUUCACUGAUAACACCAAUCAAUUUUAGUAAUUUAAAUUAAUUUAAAGAUUAAAUUUAUGUUUUAGCAUCAUGUGCAGGUUACAGUGUUGCUACCUAUAUUCUUGGUAUAUGUGAUCGUCACAAUGACAACAUUAUGAUGAAAACGACAGGACAUAUUUUUCAUAUUGAUUUUGGUAAAUUUUUAGGAGAUACUCAAACAUUUGGAAACUUCAAAAGGUAUGAUGUUUGUAUUCUACAUACGAAUAUUAUGCAUACAAAAUUUUGUAAUUCAAAAUAUAAGUGAUAUCAAUAUGUUAAACCAUUUUUAUGAACAUAUAAAACUGUAAAAAAAAGUUUUUGAAACAAUUUUGUGUGGUAUUUUUUGCAGGUUGUCCAUGACAACCAGUAAAUUCUAUUAUUUUUUCUUUUUAUUUAAAAAGGAGACCCGGUCAAAUGACCCUAUAAAUGAUCAUAAAAUAAUGAUUUUUAUUUUUUGUUUGUAUAGGGUCUUCUGGCAGUGUUAUUGGAUGAUUUGAGAUAGAGUUAAGAAUGCGUAUGUGGUGGUAGUGUUAGGGAUAAAGGUCAUAUGUCCCUCAUUAUCAGCACAACCUACUAUUUGGUUUGAAAUGCAUUGUUGGACAGAUGAACAACACAACUUUGCAAUUGUGAAUUGUUAUAAAAAUGGCAAGAUUUAAACUUUCGGACUAAUUUUGUACUGUCUUUAUAACAACUUUGAAAGUUCUUAAGAAUUCAAAUUGUUAUCUCACUCUUGCUUUAUUUUUUUUAGUCAUCAAUCAGUUCCAAACUUAAGCAAACUGGGAACUGAAAACUUUCAAUGUAAUUUUAGACAUACACUGCAAAAAAGUUCAUAGAGUAGAACUCAUACAUUUUGAGAUAACAAGGCUUUUAAUUGCAAAGCUGUGUGGUUCAUCUGUCCUACUAUUCAUUACAAUCUAAACGGUAGGUCGUGCUAAUGAGGAGCAUAUGAUUUUUGUCCUCACCACCACUAUACACACUCUUAACCCGACCUCAAAUCAUACUGUUUCACUGCUGGAGCCUGUAUGUACUAUCAAAUAAUUUUUACAUAAAACAAGUUAAGAAUAAUUAUUAUUUAUUAUUUAAUGUCUUUUAAAAAAUGAAUACUAUUUUUAUCAAAUUUGCUAUUCGAUAUUAGUAUUUGAUUGAUGAUAAUUCAAUAUAUAUUUUAUUCAAUAUCAGGGAGCCCAAAAAACAAUUGUUUUUCUUAAUUAUUGACUUUCACAACAACUGUUAUUUGAGCUACGAAAGUUUAUACUUGUAUAUACUCAUCUGUAAAUAUAUCAUAAUUAUCUUACUUACAAUUACUUUUUGUUUCUUUUGUUUGCACAGAGAUCGAACUCCAUUUGUUUUAACUUCUGACAUGGUGUACGUGAUUAAUGGAGGUGAUAAACCUUCCACUAAGUUUCAACAUUUUGUUGACACCUGUGUUCAGGCAUUCAAUAUUGUUCGUAAACAUGGAAAUCUGUUAUUAAAUUUGUUUGGAUUGGUAAUAUAAUUAAUAACUAAUUGUAGUUAAUAAGUUUAUAAGAAUUAAUGCAAUAAAUUAUUUCUAUUAUUGUGAAUUGGACAGAUGGCGUCUUCUGGAAUUCCUGGUGUAACAAUGGAUGCUGUAAAUUAUGUACAAAAAGCUCUUCUCCCAGAAUUAUCUAACCCAGAAGCAGCGGCUUCUUUUGCCCGUAUGAUUGAUGACUCAAUAAAAUCACGGUUUACACAGUUUAAUUUUUUCUUACACAACCUAGCACAAAUGCGAUUUAAUAAUGAAGAAAAUGGUACUGAACUGUUAAGUUUUGUUCCAAAAGUCUAUACGUAUGUUAUAUACUUAAGUUUUUAGUUAAAAUGUUAUUUGUUUAAUUAUUAAUGAUGAUUUAUCUUACCAUAGAAUGGCACAAGAAGGAAAGAUUGUUCGUGUUGAAGUAUAUGGUUGCCAAAAAAGAUAUGAUCCUGAAAAAUAUUAUGUUUAUAUUCUUAAAGUUUUCCGGGAAAAUCAGAGAGAUCCUUCAUACCUGUUUAGGUCGUAUAAAGAAUUAUCAGAACUGCAACAAAAAUUGCUAUUGUUAUUCCCUUUGGCAAAAUUUUUAAGGUAAACUUCAUCACUACUUAUUAAAUAUUUCAAUUUUGUAGUAUAAUAUUUAUUGGUAUUUUCUAGUUUAUUAAAUACUACUAUUCAUAUGGGACGAUCCCAUAUUAAGCAAGUAGCUGAAAAAAGACGAGUGGAAAUCCAGAGUUUUCUAAAUACAUUAUUCCAAAUGGCCCCUGAAGUAAGUCAUUCAGAUUUGGUGUAUACAUUUUUUCACCCUCUUUUAAGAGAUCAACAAGAAGCCAGUAUUGAAGAUACCAAAUUGAAAGGUAAAAGAAAAUCUUGUUUUUAUGUAUUUACAUUUGGUAGUUAUGUUAAACUUGAGAUACUUAAAAAAUUUGAAAGUAAUUCUCCUAAAAAUGUAAUUUUUAACUAUUUAAUAUCAUUCAAUUAUUAUUUAUUUUUAAUAUUAUAUACCAUAUUGACAGAACCAAAGCAAUCGGGUUUUGUCAGAGAAAAUCGCAUAGUGGGUCAAUUAAAAUUGACAUUACAUUAUCAACGUGGAGCAUUUAUGGUGAGUAACAUGGUUUACGUUUUAUAGGUUUGUUUUAAUAAUAAUGAACAUCAUGUCUUUGUUCUAUAUUCUAUAUUUUUAAUAUCAUAGUUUGCUAUAAUUGUUUUCACAAGUGAAGAAUUGAACAUUUAAAUAAGAACAAAUUUCCUUCUAUUGACAUAAUUGAUGUUUUCUGGUGGCUUUUUAAUAUAGAAUAGUGUUUUAAAUUAGAAUUGAUACAUUAUUUUGUUUAAUAUCUUAGGUUAUGGUACAACAUGCCAAAGACUUACCACGUAUUGCUGGAAAUCAAGAACCAUCAACUUAUGUAAAAGUGUAUUUAUUACCAGACCAUAACAAAGCAACUAAGCGUAAAACAAAAGUUGUUCGAAAAAAUUGUUAUCCAUCGUUUAUGGAAAUGGUAAUUAAGAUUUUGGUAAAUACCAGUAGGUCCUUGUCCAUAUGUUAGUAAAAUCAUUUUUUUUACCUCUACUAGUAAUAGAUAAGAUUGUAUUGAUAAAUUAUGACAUAUUAUAAAUCUUAUGAAAAACAUUAUUGAAAUGUUUAAUUGUUAGAAUGGGUUUUUUCUAAAUAUUUUUAUUUUGAAGCAAAUUAUUAAAUUUAAAAAAAAAUAAUAAUAAUGCCAACAGUUAAUUUAAAAGACUUAAAACUUAAUCAAGCCUCUAGAACUUGCAUUUUUGAAAAGGACAGGAGCAAAUUUGGUUGUAUUCUACAUGUGUACAAUAAGGAAAAUAAAUAUGACUGAUAGAUUUUUAAGUUAUUAAUAUUAAUAUUAAAAUCUCAUAUUAAUAUUUAAUUUUAAUUUUAACAUAACAAGUUUUAAACUUAAUGAACAUUAGUAGUUAUUUAAAUUGAAUUUCUUAUCUUAUUUUCAGUUAGAGUACAGGAUGCCACUGGAUGUUGUUAAGUAUAAAAUUUUGCAAGCUACUGUAUGGAGUCAUGACUCAUUACAAGAAAAUGAGUUUUUGGGUGGAGUUAUUAUAGAACUGCAUGAUAUUAAUUUAACUUCGGAGACUACAUCCUGGUACAACUUGUCAAAUGUACAUAGAUAA